GUUUAUUUGUUUAUUUAGAAAUCCUGUCAUUCUCCGACUCCCCUAACUCUGGCUCCCCCAUCCCCCGGCUGGGAUCAGCAAGGCCGAUAUCACAACACACCCACUGGGCCAUGGUCAGGUCAACCUGAGAUCCCUGAGCCUUCCCAUAUGGCUCUGGUAUUGCUCAGCCGUGUGCUGCCAUGUGCCAUAUGGCUGGGCUAGUUCAAUGAAUUUUGACAAAUGUAUACCCACAUCCCAAUCAAAAUGUAGAAUACUUCUUUCAUUCCAGAAAGUUUCCUCCUGCUUCCUACUCUCAAAUUCCACUCAAAGCUGACAGUUUUGAUUUCUAUCACCAUAGAGGUGUUUUGUCUAUUGUAGAACUUCAUGUAAAAUGGAAUCAGACUUAACAUACCCUUUGGUCUUUUCCAUAAACAUAACUAACAAUCAAUUAUGUUGUUGCUACAUCAAAAGCCCAUUCUUCUUUGUCGUGGAGAAUAUCACACAGAAUGCACACAUUACAUUUAUUUAUUCAUUCACCUGUUGAUUAACAUUCAUUCUUUGGUUAUUAUGAACAUUUAUACAAGUCUCUUUAGGGUUAGAGGGGAAUUUACAACAUUCGAAGCUGAGGUUAGAAAAAAUGAGUUUGGUUGGAAGAAGUUGAGUGUGAGGUAGAUUGUGAGACAUUUAGGUAGUGCAUCCCAGGAUUCAGCUAGAGUACAGUCUAAGAAAUAGGAGACACGAUGUAAUAACUUAGACCCCCAUAGUCUCUAGCCUUUAUAUGGAGUUAAAGUAAUGGGAAAGUCCUCAGGCAGAGCAGGAAGCAUAAGGCAAGAAAAUUUCAAUAUAUUAAAUCCUGAAAAAUAUGGAUAUUUGAGGAGCAGAUGAAAAGGGAACCCUAUAAAAAGGCUGAGAUUGUCAUGGUAAUUUAUCUUUGCGUCUCCAUCACCAGGCACUGACCUGAAAGAUGUGCUAAAUUUAACAGACGGGUGUUGAGUACAUGUUAUCGACAGGACCCUAUAGAAAGAGGUGGAUUAUGAGGACAGAUAGCAUGAGGAGUCUCAGAAGCCUGAUGGGCGAGGUAGAUUGGAGAGUUGUGGGGGCGAAGACUAUGGACUCCUUUGCUCCUGUUGGAGAACAUGUCAUUGAAGAUGAAAUAGGUAAGGCCAGACGACUCGGGCCUCAAACAGAUGUCAGAUGAAAGAAGUUAUCUUCUACCGGAGGUCAUUCUGAGAGGGGCCAUGUGAAGUUUCCUCUCUGGAUGUGUUCUCUGGUGGCACAGGUAGAGGUUCUGCUGCGGCGUACUGUCAAUUGUAGAGUUUCCACCGGCUGUGACUUGAAGCUGGUGUAAGGGAGCAGCAGUGUGGGCUGCUGCCGAUCUCACGCCAAUCCCCGACCACGAGCUGUCACUUGCCCCCAAGCCUUGGCAGCAGCAGGCAGAGGCUGGGCAUCUAGCCACCGCUGGGAGGCGUGGCGCGGCGAGGGGCGUGUCAUGGGCAGGGCCUACGGAGCCAGGCCACGCCCUGCUCUCUCGCGCACGCGCUGCUGGCGGUUAACUGUCAGGAGCCAGGCGGGCAGCGGGUCCGAGGUCUACUCUGGGACCUGGUGGCAGCGCUCGCGUAGCAGCAGCAGCAACAGCGGGGGGGCAGCGUAGCCCGGCUCAAGGCCAGGGCAGAGGCGAUAAGAGACCGUGCACAGCCGGCUCACAGGUGGGAUGGGGAACCGGGAGAUGGAAGAGCUGAUCCCGCUGGUGAACCGGCUGCAGGAUGCCUUCGCGGCGCUGGGGCAAAACUGCCUGCUGGAGCUGCCACAGAUCGCGGUGGUGGGCGGCCAGAGCGCCGGCAAGAGCUCGGUGCUCGAGAACUUCGUGGGCAGGGACUUCCUCCCUCGAGGGUCAGGCAUUGUAACAAGAAGACCUCUGGUGCUGCAGCUUGUUACUUCUAAAGCAGAAUAUGGUGAAUUUCUGCAUUGCAAAGGAAAAAAAUUUACAGAUUUUGAUGAAAUUCGCCAUGAGAUUGAAGCAGAAACAGAUCGAGUGACUGGAGUGAAUAAAGGCAUUUCCUCCAUACCCAUUAACUUACGAGUCUAUUCCCCACAUGUGUUAAAUCUAACCCUUAUUGACCUACCUGGGAUAACCAAGGUGCCCGUGGGCGACCAGCCGCCAGACAUUGAGUAUCAGAUCAGAGAGAUGAUCAUGCAGUUCAUCACAAGGGAGAACUGCCUGAUUUUGGCUGUGACCCCAGCUAACACUGAUCUCGCAAACUCAGAUGCACUGAAGUUGGCUAAAGAAGUCGAUCCUCAGGGUCUGAGGACCAUUGGUGUCAUCACCAAACUGGAUCUUAUGGAUGAAGGGACAGAUGCCAGAGAUGUUCUGGAGAACAAGCUGCUGCCUCUUCGCAGGGGUUAUGUGGGUGUGGUAAACCGAAGCCAGAAGGACAUAGAUGGGAAGAAGGACAUUAAGGCGGCCAUGUUGGCAGAGAGGAAAUUUUUUCUUUCCCAUCCUGCUUACAGACAUAUUGCUGAUCGAAUGGGGACCCCACACCUGCAGAAAGUCCUUAAUCAGCAACUUACCAACCAUAUUCGAGAUACCCUGCCAAACUUCAGGAACAAACUUCAGGGACAGUUGCUCUCCAUAGAACAUGAAGUAGAAGCCUACAAAAACUUCAAACCAGAAGAUCCUACCAGGAAGACCAAAGCACUACUGCAAAUGGUUCAGCAAUUUGCUGUGGACUUUGAGAAGAGAAUUGAAGGGUCUGGGGACCAAGUGGACACCCUGGAGCUCUCGGGUGGUGCUAAAAUCAACCGCAUUUUCCAUGAACGUUUUCCUUUUGAGAUAGUAAAGAUGGAGUUCAAUGAGAAAGAAUUGCGAAGAGAAAUAAGCUAUGCAAUCAAAAACAUACAUGGGAUCAGGACAGGAUUGUUUACUCCAGAUAUGGCAUUUGAAGCAAUAGUCAAAAAACAGAUUGUAAAGCUGAAAGGGCCGUCCUUGAAAAGUGUGGAUCUGGUAAUACAAGAAUUAAUCAACACCGUCAAAAAGUGUACCAAAAAACUGGCAAACUUCCCCAGACUCUGUGAGGAAACGGAAAGGAUCGUUGCUAACCACAUUCGUGAUCGAGAAGGGAAGACCAAGGACCAGGUACUACUAUUGAUUGACAUUCAAGUGUCCUACAUCAACACCAACCAUGAAGACUUCAUUGGCUUUGCAAAUGCUCAGCAGAGGAGCAGUCAGGUUCACAAGAAAACUACAAUUGGAAAUCAGGGAACCAAUCUUCCGCCUUCAAGGCAAAUUGUGAUUCGCAAGGGAUGGCUCACUAUCAGCAACAUCGGCAUCAUGAAAGGAGGCUCGAAGGGAUACUGGUUCGUCUUGACUGCAGAAAGCUUGUCGUGGUAUAAAGACGAUGAGGAAAAAGAAAAGAAGUACAUGCUUCCCUUGGACAACCUGAAAGUUCGGGAUGUGGAAAAGAGCUUUAUGUCUAGCAAGCACAUCUUUGCACUCUUUAAUACAGAGCAAAGGAAUGUAUACAAAGACUAUCGCUUCCUCGAGCUGGCGUGUGACUCUCAGGAGGAUGUGGACAGCUGGAAGGCAUCUCUACUAAGAGCUGGGGUCUACCCCGAUAAAUCUCUAACUGAGAAUGAUGAGAAUGGCCAAGCAGAAAAUUUUUCCAUGGACCCACAGUUGGAGAGGCAAGUGGAGACCAUUCGCAACCUCGUAGACUCCUACAUGUCUAUUAUCAACAAAUGUAUCCGAGAUCUAAUUCCAAAAACAAUAAUGCACCUUAUGAUCAAUAACGUUAAAGAGUUCAUAAACUCAGAGCUCCUAGCACAGUUAUAUUCCUCAGAGGACCAGAAUACUCUGAUGGAGGAAUCUGCUGAGCAGGCUCAGCGCAGGGAUGAGACGCUCCGGAUGUACCAAGCUCUGAAAGAAGCCCUUGUGAUCAUCGGCGACAUCAACACGGCCACUGUUUCCACUCCUGCCCCGCCUCCGGUGGACGACUCCUGGAUACAACACUCUCGCAGGUCACCUCCUCCAAGCCCCACAACCCAAAGGAGGCCAACACUGAGCGCACCCCUCACCAGACCCACAUCUGGCCGAGGACCAGCUCCUGCUAUUCCCUCUCCAGGCCCCCACUCGGGGGCUCCCCCAGUUCCUUUCCGUCCAGGCCCGUUACCUCCUUUUCCCAAUAGCACUGACACCUUUGGAGCCCCUCCACAAGUCCCAUCCCGGCCCACCCGGGCCCCGCCCAGUGUUCCAAGCCGGAGACCACCCCCAUCACCAACUCGUCCCACCAUAAUCCGUCCACUAGAAUCUUCCCUGUUAGACUAAAUGAAGUGUCUGGCAUGGCAACUAAUUACUAAUGAAUUGUGCAAAAGCAACAUAUUGAUAACCAUUGCAGUAAGUCAUGAGUAGUCGCAUGUGUGGACAUCAGUAGGCAAGUAACCAGUCUUACUAAAGCAUUCGUCACUCAUCGUCAUUGCUCAUGGGAUGUCAGCCCUUUGGGGUUUGAUUCUUGAACACUGCUGACCCCUACAGGCUUUGUAUGUUGUACUGACCAAGGUAGGUUUGUAUAGCAGCCCUAUACUUUGGGGAUCCCUCACCUACUCUGGUAUAUAUUUGCAAAUGGCUUUGGACUAGUUUUCCAGGCUAUCUACCAGGGAGCUCAUUCCAUAUAAUUCUGAACAGAUCUGAUACAGUGGGCUUAGACAUAAGCCAUACAUAUUUCUCUCCCCACAUUCUGUUUGGGAUGACAGAAAUUCUGUUUGUUACUAAUGCUGUCAUCUAUCCCCUAACUACGCAUUUAGCUUCUCUUUUCUUCCUCUUUAUUUCAUAAGACUGCUAGAAAAGUGGUAUCUUAAAAUUUGACUUCCUUAAGAAUAAAACUUUUCCAGAAGCAGAAGGCAGUUUGCACAGGAAAAGUCUGAACUGAUUGCUCAAGAAAGCCUCUCUAUUUGCCAUUGCUGAGCACAUAAAGCUACAAAUCAAAGCUGGGUUUCUGGUAACCAGUCAGCUCACUCGGCUAGUUCGUUUCAGUUUUAAGGAAGAAGCAAAAUAUCACAUGUCUAAAAGUGUCUGGGAAAAUAUAAUUGUAUUCAUUUAUGUAUUCACCUUCCGAUGGUUUACAAUGAAAGUGACAUAGAAGAUGUUUAAUUUUUCCAGUUGAUCAAAUUUUUGGCAUGGCUAGCUAUACUUCAGUACUAACAUAUUCAUUACUAUUAUUGUUUCGGUUGGAGCAGAAGUUUUUCUCUUUCCAUGUGGAAUUGUAAUUCCCUCAUGUAAGAAUUUAUCUUACCUUUAAAACAGGUUUAAUGUAACUUCUAUCCACCCUAGGUUCUCGAGCUCAUUGCAUUUAAAGAAUGUGCCUGGAAUGGAAAGAAAAGGCAGUAGGAGAGGCCAUGAUUCAAGCAUAGAGCUCACAUUUUUGCGGUUGUACUGUUCCAGAAUCCUUAUCCAGGUCACUCCAGAAAAUGGGUAAAAGAGUGAGAUCAAAAGUAAAUUUGCAAUUUCUAAGAUUUCUAAAAUUUACAAGAGCAGUUUAGCCUGGGGGUUAAUAGUUCAGGCUUGAAGCUAAGUUUUGGACUACCUGGGACCAGAUGAUUAGCACAUAGGAAACAGCCAGAAGCCAACUGGAAUUUUGUCUGCUAACUGUUCCCAGACAGCAGAGCAAGUGUUACUGCCUAGUGGUGUCCCAUGACACUAUUUCAUAUUCUGCAGAGGUAAAUCAGGUUUCAUCGACUGAAAUGUCUCUCCCUUUGAAAGCAGCAAACAUGAUUUGUAUGCUAACUUAACUUUAAUUUCCUGCAUGGUUUAUACCUAAAGCAGACACCCAUAAAGGAUGAAGUAAAAACUUUUAACCAUUAUUAAAAAGAGAACUUGCCAAGUUAAAAAGCAAUUGUAUUGAACUUCUAAAGGGUUACAGCAAUCCCACUUAAAAAUAGCAAAAGAAUCAGAGAAAACAAGACUUGCAAAAAAGGAAUUUCAAACUUUUAAAACUGUAAGUAAAUUAUAUAAAGAACGUCACCCCUCUAAAGCCCUCUCAUGUUAAUUUAAGGAGAAAAAAUUAACUCUUUGUAAAUAUAACUGAUGUGCAAGACACAUACUGUAUUUUUAAAAUAGUGUCUCAACUAAGUGAAAAAUAUUAAGUAAACAUCCACAGCAAAACAAUCUGUAGUGAGCUACUUUCAUGAAAUUCUCUCUUUUUAGGAUUCCCUUUGCUUCAUCCUUUAAAUUCUCUAAAAGA